AUGCCCCUCGAAAGAAUCCAGUUUACUGCUUCCACAAGCAAUAUCGUGCCCAUCUACCAGCUGAUCUCGUCGAUAUUGCCUUUUGGAGGAAGCUGUUUACUGAACAUCACGCAAAGCGGGCUCUGUUUCAGCGUCGUCGACAAUAAUAUCUGCAAAGUGUAUCUCACCUUAGACAAGCGACUUUUCAGCAGUUUCCAGUUUUAUCCGAUCCAUGUCAAAAAAGAGCGCAUAUUACUCUCAGACGAAGAAGAAAGCGCCACCGACGACGACGCUGAAUCUCCAGACUUGAGGCAGAGCGUUUCUGUCCAUCUCGAUCUCAAAUCUCUGAUCGAGACAAUCAAUAUUCAUAUCCCGGGCGACAAAGAUAAUCCCGAACUGCGCACGAAAUGUAUUUUGAGCUACAAGGGCGAUGGUUCUCCGUUCAUACUCACCUUCGAGGACGACUUCAUCGUCGAGCGCUGCGAGUUGACGACUCUAUUUAUUGAUCCCGCCGAUUUCGAGUCUGAAAUUACAGACUCUCAAACGGGAUCUACUUAUUUUCAGCUUGACUCGUCCCAAAAGGUUAUGGAACUUACCCUGCAAUCGUCUCUGGUCUACGACGCUCUAAAAGACAUGAAGGAUUUAGGUACCGAGGAACUGAUUCUUUACUGCUCCAACAUGCAGUCGGAACAUCAAAGGAAACUUGUCUUGAUUUCCAAAUCUGGAGAUGCAUCGAUAGGGUAUUCCAAGCUGGUACUUCCUUCAAGAAAGCCGUUUUUGAAAGAUAUGCAAUUAUACAAGCCGGAGCUCGUCAAUGAGGAGCAGAGUCAUAUGGUCGUCUCUUCCACGACGAUCUCCUCCUUCUAUAACUUCAACUACUUUGCCAAGAUCCUGAGAGCGAUAAGGUUGUCAAAAUCCAUCAAGAUCCGGAAAGAUCUCGCCGGUCUUACAUCCGUGUCUCUUUUGCUAGGCUCUUCCAGCUUGAAUGGAUCUAACUUAUCAUCCAGCGACGGGAAGAACCUCUUUUUUGGAACGAGCAUUGAGUUCAUCACGCUAGAGUCGCUUGCAAACGAAGAAGCCGAGUACGAGCGCGCAAAACACGGCUACAAUAACCAAUUUGUCGAACAGAUGAUACGAGAGGACGAAAACGUCAAGAUUAUCAAGAUUGCUGGGAACGGCCAGCUUACGACCAUCGAUGACUACUUCCAGUCCGUCACCACGUUAUCAGCAGCCCCAAGCUCCGCGGGAGAGCAAGUGGAUCUGCAAAUCACCAAAGAACUGGCUCAGUCGGUGCUGGGACACAGUCCCGCGCCAGAACCAAUUCCAAAGGAAAACAAAGGAAAGCAGACAAAGAAACGAAAGCUCGAGGGCCGCAAGAACAAUAAGUCGGACAAAGCGGACAGACUACAGACGGUUGGUGGAGCAGUCGAGAUUCCACUAUUUAUCUAG